ACGCUCAUAUACCCGUCUACAUUCCUGAGUUACCGCGCACCUCUCUCCGUUCCUCCUACUAUAUCAUCGUCUUCUAACACAUCUACGCAUGGAUACCUAUACGGAAUCACUCAACUGGAGUUGUGCCUCCCAGUCCGCCACAGACCCCGUGCCCUUCGUCAAGACCCCUGGUCUUGAUCACGUCGACGCGCCGGCCUUGUCACAGCUUCUGACGCCUCCCUGCAGCGUUAUCUCCCCUAUUUCUUCUCCCCUAUCCCAUGCUCAGGAAGACUCGUUCGAAAAUUCCGCGUCAGACAAUUUUCCCGCUGAAAUAGAUGGAGACAUAAUUGUCCCAGUUUCCACGACAUUCUUCCCUGGCGCCGACAUCCUCACAUUCCCUCCCGACAUCAUCAUUCUGUCCUCGGACUCUGUGUUCUUCUACGUCCACUCGAGCGUUCUGCUCGCCGCGUCUUUCAACGCAUUCAACGGUAUCACGUCUAUAUCCCCAAACCAAGAUUGCGACGCCACAGAACCCGUGGUACUGGUCGCAGAACAUUCCUCUAUUCUCAACAUCAUUCUGCACAGCAUCUACGACAUGUCGUGUUCUCAUUACGCGCCCUCGUUCGAGUCUUUAUCGUCGGCGGUCGCCGCCUUCCCAAAGUACGGCCUGUCUGCGAAGAAGCUUGUCGCUCACUCAACAUCCUUAUACCACCUCCUGCUCUCGCACGCGCCCUUACACCCGCUCGAGGUGUACGCGCUGGCCGCCAAAUACGACGUCUACGAUCUCGCCGUCCCCACAUCAUCCCAUCUUCUGUCCUUUCCUCUCGCAUCCAUCAGCGAUGAGAUGGCGGAUAUUAUAGGGUCAAAGUACCUCAGGCAGCUGUUCUUUUUGCAUCUAGGUCGCAUGGAUGCGCUGAAACGUCUACUCCUUCCGCCCCCGCCUCUGCACCCGUCGAUGGAGAGCUGUAGUUUCGAGGACCAAAAGCAGGUUACCAGGGCUUGGGCGCUGGCGUCAGCGUAUCUUGCAUGGGACGCCCAACCAGAUGUAUCCAUGAGUGCCAUGCAGUCAGCGCUCGGUCCCUUGAAGGAGCAGCUCGGUUGCGGUAUGUGCCGGGAAUCCCUUCGGGUUCGGUUGAACCACGUUAUCGUUCAGUGGUCCGUCAUAAAAAGAACGAUCUGAGCUUCCGUUCGGACUAUCUAUAUGUACUUGCUACUCGCUUUCUCGCUUCCGGUCUAUCCAGGGGGUUUCGCAUACUAUGCUCGCAUCUCAUUAGACACUUAUAUCUCAUCAUCGCACGACGCAUGUACACGCAUUCUAGAUUCAUUUAUGUAGCCCACCUCACACGUAUACUCGGUCUGUGAAGUAUUCAAUUAUACCC